UUUUAGUGCAUGGAUACAAGAUUAAUUCAAUUUUUGUAUUAGAUGAAACAACGGAUGUGCCCUACGAAAGACUUUAUGAGACCUUCGGUCGCGUAGAGACAAUCUCUGGUACACUCGAAAUAAUAAACACCACUUUCACAAAUCUUACUUUCUUCUUUUCUUUAUUUGGAUUAUUCAAUUAUUUCGAAACUGGUUGCGAGCUGGAUUUUGCGCUUACUAACAACUGCACAGCAAUCUAUGGAAUCUUGUAUCUGCUUGGCACUCAUGCUCCUUCGCCACAAGUACUAAGGAAGAAAUUCGGCAAUGUUAAAAGCAUUGUUGGAGAAAUUGCAGUCGUGGACACAGCCUAUGAAAAACUCGCGUUUUUAGAAAAUAUGGAAAGCGUGCAGAUUUUCUACCUGCGUGAUGGUAACUGUUAUUUUUUCAUCCUCGCAUUUCCACCGCUUACGCAGAGUUUGCUUUCCUUGUCACUUGUUUCCAUAUCCUUCUAUCUGAGGCAAGGUCUCUAUCUAUUCCAGGUUCUCGCAGGUCGGCCUUGA